AUGGUGCAGACUAGUUCGCGAUCGUUUAUGCCCAUGCCCUCGUUCGGCGCUGUAUUCGGGGGAGAACACCACAACAAGGGCCAUGCAGACGGGAAUGGCGUUAAUCUAGUGCGCCCAGCAACAAGCCCAACCACAUCCUCGAGCGCGCCCUUCUCCUCGUUUCACAUUCACACCGAAAGCCGGGAAAGCAACUCGACAACCUCGUCCGACAACUCUCCCACGACUACCAUUUCAACCAUGGAUUCGUCAUCUGUGACCGACCCAUCCCCGGGCGUGUCACCAGAGUCGCCUCUUGGAAGAACACUCGCCCCUUCGUCAUGUGUCGCCGAUUUCAGGUCAAGAAGGACAGAACAGCCGUCUGGAGACUCAAGUACAUUUUUCGAGCUACAGCGCCCAACAACGCCUGCGAAGAAACCACGGAAUCUCAAAAACCUCGGUAUCAACACAGCGUCUUCCCUAAGCAACCUGCGAGCGCACACCCCAGCACCUAUUGCGGUUGCGCCAAAGGAGAAGAAUAGUUCGGCACCUCCAUCACCACUGUUCAUCAAACCGCCGACACCACCCAAGCGAAGACCAUCCAAUCUGAGCCUGACGAUAUCGACACCCGGCAGCACAGACAACAAGCCAGUACGACUCCUCAUACCUUCAACGCCAUCCUUCAAUCGCCCGGCCCUUCGUCAUUUCCAGUCAUCCCCUUCUUUGCCGUUAUGCUCACCAAGUGUAAACCCGUUCGGUGGCAUGCAAUUGCCUCCACGUCCUAUUGUGAAUAAGCCAACUGGUCUUGCCGAAGUUCCCUUUGAAAUGGAGGAAGAGGAGGAUCAAGAGCCGAACUUUGACGUCCCCCAAUCACGUGAGGAAAAGCCAGCAGCAUACCCCAACGGUCCCAUCUGCAUAUAUGAGGCCGGUGUAUACCUCUACUUUGAGCCUACAGCUGUACAGGCCACGACUUUCGAUGUCAUUAUCAACGUUGCAAGUGAAGUCAAAAAUCCUUUUACUGAACCAUCGGGAGAAUCACAAAAGGAUAUCGAUGCCAGACGCGUGGAUGGCCCACCAGCGGAGAAUAUUGACUUUGCUACCCUUUCGCAGAGACCAAAGCAAUCCUUUGGCAUGGGUGACAACUCUCCAACGACACCCAAAGCCACGGCACCAGUAAUGCAGACGAUACAGCCACGCGAGGUUGUCAUCGAUGGCAAGACAUACAAAACACCAGAGUACAUCCAUAUGCCAUGGGAGCAUAACACCGACAUUGUCCCUGACCUCCACAAGCUCGUGAGAAUGAUUGACGAGCGGGUGCAGCAAGGGAAACGCGUACUCAUUCAUUGUCAGUGUGGUGUCAGUCGCUCUGCUAGUUUGAUUGUCGCCUAUGGCUUGUACAAAGAUCCUCAAAUGAGCGUUCAAGAAGCAUACGACAAGGCGAAGAAGCGAAGCAAGUGGAUUGGGCCCAACAUGAACCUUAUCAUGCAGCUUCAAGAAUUCCGCAACAGCUUGCUGAGGCAGAACGAGAGCCGCUCAUAUCACAAUCAAGGCUAUGGUCGACGAUCUGCUGGUCUUCCUUCAGGAUCGAACAAGUACUCUUCGUACGAUCGAGACGGUGGAUCAGGAUCGCGUACUCCGCGCACGGCACCGCUUCCUCCUGACUGCGACAUGACCAUGCAACGUGCUAGCACGGGAAACAUGAUCGCAAUCUCUCCAGGUCCACUGUCUGCGCCCACUGGUGCUUUCUCGCCUGGUUUCCGCAGGUCAUGGGACUCUAGCCCAUUGCAUUUCGAGCUCACAUCCCAGCCGGCCCCGGCCACCACACCAUACGUCGAUCCCAAGGGCCAAGUCGUCCCUAUGGUCUCGGUGACUAGCAAUGAUGUGCCGACCAUACAUACUGAAGAUAUCUCCAGCGGCGAAGCAACACCGCAGUCACCAGACGAUGUCCAACCCCCCUCAUUUCCCAACUUUUCCCGUCAACUUCGAUUACGACCUAACCUUGGUAUCGACGAGGGCGCCUCAUCUAGAACUGAAGAAAGGCUUUUGGCUCCCAUGCAACCAUCGAACUUUGAACCCUUGAGGUCCCCUGCUGUCGCAAGUUUCAACAUACCCACUUUCCCGUCCUACGAUACAGCAGACUCUGGCAUCAUGUCUCCAAUCAAAACAUCAUUUGACAAUUCUUGGCCAGCGGGCUACGAUCUAGACAACGAGGAACCUGAUUCUGCUCCACAGGCAAUGGAUGGCGUAAUCCCAGGAAUUUCACCACGCAGCUCCAAGCUUGACAUGUCUAAAGCUAUGCAGGACGAUGCCAAUGAAUCUUAUGGCCCCUUGUCAUCACACGGCACUUCAUUCCAUCUUGGUCAACCGGCACCUUUCCAGGACCACUAUGACAAUGAUGACGCAAAAUCUCCAGAAAUCGCUUCGCCAGUGAAGACCAAAUUCUCCGAUGAUAUCUUUGCUAGAACUAACGACCGUUUGGAGGAAGAUUUGACGUCACCACGUGCUACCGAGUUCCACAUGACUCCAUUGAAGCCCAGGCUAGGAGACGAGGAUCCCUUUGGCUUGACUUCACCUACUAGAGCGGAUUUCAAUCCUUUCGAUAGGCCGAGCAGUAUUGCCACUAUCAAAGCCCUUGAAUCGGAAGACCGGAGACCCUCGUUCCAGGCCAUCCUACCGCCUGCACAUCAAACUUUCAAUGGCUUCGCAUCCCUGGAUGGCACAGCACAGACGAAUACCAUUUUCGGAUCUCCGGUUCCGCUGAACAUGUCCACAUCGAAGCAAUUCCAGUUAGCCGGACCUCGAGUAGACAGCCACAGCAAUUCACCGGCGAAACAAGUUAUAAACCACGGUGGUGCGCAUACAACGACCCCAUUUGCGCUUCCUAAAGCACCAGCCACCCCGCGGACCCCAAGCGAAACCUUCCUCUCUACUCCCGGAAAGGCCAUUCGAACAAGGUUUUCAUCCCCAAACAUGAGUGAGCAACGGAAACUACAGAAACUGCAAACCGAGAUCCAGUCGAAACUGCCAAGGGCAGCGGUUCCUCGGCAUGCUGCAGACGACAUUGACGCCCUCAUGUCACCCCGUGCAGAAGAAUUCACCAGGAACCCCUUCCGCUUUGAACUGCAGAGCCCUGGUGAGGAUGCAAGCCCGGUUUCAUCAAACGGCACGAUCAAGGAUGGCCGAAACGGCCAUACUGCAUGGGAAGACCCGAUGCCGCGGCACUGGACACCUGAUAAGGCUACUGCUGAUCCUCGAAGUCCCGUACAGACUGGAGUCAGUCCAAUUGUCCGCAACAUUUGGGAUGUGCUAUGA